UUCCUCCUCCACAGCCAAUUCCUUCUCUCACUAUUUGGUAUUAUCAUCAGAAGCAUCCAUCAAUGCAUCUUUCUAUUAAACUUAAACCACACUUCAAUUCCACACUCCAUUCUCAUCUCCACACCCACCAGUUUGCGUUAGAGGGAUUCCCUGGCUUCUCCCAAAGAAGGGUUGGCACCCUUUUCAUGCCAUGGCACUUCCCUCAACUGAAGAACAAUACCCUUUUGUGCCUCACCCUCCAUGGAAGAAGGCUUUAUUCAAGUUCCAGCAAUGAUAGUACACCAGAGCUAUCAGAUGCAAACAGCCAUGAAGGUUCAUCAGAAAGCAAAGAGAAUAAGAAAGGAAAGUCUCUGACAAGCAAUGAGAUCCUGAAGAAACUGAGGAGAUAUGGAGUUUCUGGAAUCUUAUCCUAUGGGCUUUUGAACACUGCAUACUAUCUCACAACAUUUCUUUUUGUGUGGUUUUACAUUGCUCCAGCACCUGCAAAGAUGGGUUAUGUUGCAGCUGUACAAAGAUUUCUCAAAGUGAUGGCCAUGGUGUGGGCUGGUAGUCAAGUUACUAAACUUUUAAGAGCAGGAGGAGCAUUGGCACUAGCACCUUUUGUUGACAGAGGAUUGUCCUGGUUUACUGAUAAGUUUAAGUUUCAAUCACAAGGGAAGGCUUUCAUGGCAAUUGUGGGAUUCUGUCUUGGAUUGGCCCUCAUCGUAUUUUUGGUCAUCACACUGCUUUGGGCAUGAUGCCCCUUUUUGCCACAUUGAGAUGACAUUCAAAUUCAUUUAAUCACCUGAAAAUGUAUAAACGUUUUUAAUAUCCCAUUUUUUUUGCUCUAAAAUACAUUUUUGAAUUUUUAACAUGUUCUGUAUGACGAUGUUUCACAAAAUUGCUCAUUUUUCAUCUAUGCGUACUUGUUCCUUACA